UAAAGGACUGCUGUGGUUGCAGCAGUCACAAAGCUGAAACUGUAGCUUCUAGUUUUGUUGUUUGCCUCCAAGCAGCACACGCUACACAGGCUGUUUGGCUUUAGCUUUCAAAAAUGGCCUCUGGAUUUUGUGUGAGGGUUCUGUUGCUCUCACUAAUAGCCUUUGGGCCACAUGCAAAUGCACUGACAUACAGAAUGAGAGGCUCCACUGGCAAUAAACCUUACUUUGAGGUGGCUGAAGAUUUUCCAAGUGGCCACAAACCAGGUUUAGCCUCUUCUGGUUAUGAGAGCUCUGUCCAGCCUGGAGGUUCUCUGGGUAGCUCUGGACCCAGCUACCCUGACAGCAGUUCAUCUGAGAAAGUGAAGCCCGCUGGUGCUGGAGACUAUAUUGGUUCUUAUGGUAGGCAAGUAGGUGGCUACAGUCGAGAGAGAAGUGUUUCUACUUACAUGCCUGACCCACGGAGUCCUUCAAAGCCCAGACAGAACCCACAACAGCCACACUAUCAAACUGAGAUGCAUUCUCAACGCCAAUCUGCCAGCUACCCGGCCAAGCCCCAGCAGCCGAGCUACCCGGCCAAGCCCCAGCAGCCGAGCUACCCGGCCAAGCCCCAGCAGCCGAGCUACCCGGCCAAGCCCCAGCAGCCGAGCUACCCGGCCAAGCCCCAGCAGCCGAGCUACCCGGCCAAGCCCCAGCAGCCGAGCGUGACACAAAGCAAGGCUGGUAUGUGGGAUAUUGCUUUACCACAGAACAGAAACACAAUUGAGUCAGGUGUCCCUUCAGGUUAUGGAAUUGUGACGCGUUCUGAUCGCCAAUCUGCGAGCUACCCGGCCAAGCCCCAGCAGCCGAGCUACCCGGCCAAGCCCCAGCAGCCGAGCUACCCGGCCAAGCCCCAGCAGCCGAGCUACCCGGCCAAGCCCCAGCAGCCGAGCUACCCGGCCAAGCCCCAGCAGCCGAGCGUGACACAAAGCAAGGCUGGUAUGUGGGAUAUUGCUUUACCACAGAACAGAAACACAUUUGAGUCAGGUGUCCCUUCAGGUUAUGGAAUAGUGACGCGUUCUGAUCGCCAAUCUGCGAGCUACCCGGCCAAGCCCCAGCAGCCGAGCUACCCGGCCAAGCCCCAGCAGCCGAGCUACCCGGCCAAGCCCCAGCAGCCGAGCGUCCCGGCCAAGCCCCAGCAGCCGAGCGUGACACAAAGCAAGGCUGGUAUGUGGGAUAUUGCUUUACCACAGAACAGAAACACAAUUGAGUCAGGUGUCCCUUCAGGUUAUGGAAUUGUGACGCGUUCUGAUCGCCAAUCUGCGAGCUACCCGGCCAAGCCCCAGCAGCCGAGCGUCCCGGCCAAGCCCCAGCAGCCGAGCGUGACACAAAGCAAGGCUGGUAUGUGGGAUAUUGCUUUACCACAGAACGGGGACACAUUUGAGUCAGAUAUCACUUCAAGUUAUGGAAUUACAAUGCAUUCUGAUGGCCAAUCUGCCGACUACCCGGCCAAGCCCCAGCAGCCGAGCUACCCGGCCAAGCCCCAGCAGCCGAGCUACUCGGCCAAGCCGCCCGGCUACCCGGCCAAGCCCCAGCAGCCGAGCCACCUGGCCAAGCCCCAGCAGCCAACUGUGACCCAAAGCAAGGCUGGUAUGUGGGAUAUUGCUCUUUCCCAGGAAGGUGUUGCUAUGGACUCUAAUGAGCAGCCAACUGAGUCUCAAAUGACUGUUGAACCAAGAGGUUCUAGACCAUAUAGGAGGAGGUACCGUCAUUGGUGUCAGGCCUGGGCAUCUGUCAUUGAUAUGCUACCUGUUCCUGAACUCUUCUGGGAGCUUUGUCCUGGCCUGCAAAAUCCUUGAGAUCCAAUAAAACUACUUGUAACUGCA